AUGGGUUCUGUCGCGCUCGACAACGCCAACCCUACAAUCUUGAAUGUAUCUGAACUUCCAUCGCAUAGACAGCGGCGGAGACAGAAUGAUGGAUCUUCCAACAAGGAUGGCAUCCGCGACCUCUUGAUGAGCAAGCCCAGUUACUCGUUGGACCCGUUUUACAUGUCGGACUUCUCAGACACAGACUCGGAUGAUUCCAGCGUAGAGCCUAUUGACGUCCAUGAGAUAUACGACCUUAUCGCCCCCAUCUCUGAUCCCGAACACCCUCUUUCUCUGGCAUCUUUAGGAGUAGUCAAACUCGAAGAUGUCCACCUCACUUCGCCUUUAGACCAUUCGAAUCCCUCUGCUCUUUCACGGGUACUGGUAGAACUCACCCCCACGGUUACGCACUGUUCACUAGCAACUGUCAUUGGGCUUGGUGUACGCGUGCGUCUGGAACAGGCUCUACCUCCUAGUUACCGGGUCGAGGUCAAGAUUAAGAAGGAUACACACAGUCAGGCGGACGAUGUCAAUAAGCAAUUGGCAGACAAAGAACGUGUUGCGGCAGCACUUGAGAACGCGAAUCUGAUAGGGCUAUUGAGGAAGAUGAUGAAGCCAUGUAUGGAGGAAUGA